AUGCAAGCUACCAGCGAACUUCGGCGUACUGAUAGGCGUGCUAUUGACCCACGACACCUUUUAUACAUCGCUGCUAAAAUCAUGAGGUUGAGAGUUAGACAAGGUACUUCAAUUACGAAAGAGUUUUGGUCAGAUCGCAAAAAAGAUGUUUUUGCAAUGAUUAGGCAAUUAAGGCCACCAACUGCUUUUAUGACUCUCAGCGCCAAUGAAACUGGCUGGGAAAAUAUGUUGAAAUUAUUUUACAAAUUGAAAAACGAGGGAAUGGAACUUUCAGACGAGUUUUCAGCAGAAAUGAGUUAUGUGCAUAAAGCUCAACUUGUGAAUGAAGAUGCCGUAACUUGUGCUAUCUAUUUUAAUAAAAUGGUAAAUUGUCUGUUAAAAAUUUUGCAAUUAAAGAAAAGAAGUCCAUUCGGAAAAUAUAGAGUAAUACAUUAUUUCAAAAGAAUAGAAUUUCAACAUCGUGGUAGCCCACAUGCUCAUAUUCUUCUUUGGUUGGACAAUGUUCCUGAAGAUUUAUUAAGUAAUGAUCCCGAAGUAAUUAAAUUAAUCGACGAAUUAGUUUCUGUGUCAGCGUCAGAGGCGUCUGGAAAUAUAAAACUAGUAACACACAAACACACAUUUCCGUGUUAUAAAAAAAUGGAUCCUAAUAAAAAACAAGAAUGUCGAUUUGGUGAACCAUUUAUGCCUACAAAAAAAAACUAUUAA